AUGGCUCGUACCAAGCAAACGGCUCGUAAAUCUACAGGAGGUAAAGCACCUCGAAAACAAUUGGCCACUAAGGCGGCUCGUAAGAGCGCACCGGCUACCGGUGGUGUUAAAAAACCACAUCGUUACAGGCCUGGUACGGUGGCUCUUCGAGAAAUUCGUCGUUACCAAAAGAGUACCGAAUUGUUGAUUAGAAAAUUACCUUUCCAACGGUUAGUGCGUGAAAUUGCCCAAGAUUUUAAAACCGACCUGAGAUUCCAGAGCUCGGCAGUUAUGGCACUCCAAGAAGCCAGCGAGGCCUACUUGGUAGGUUUAUUCGAAGACACGAAUUUGUGUGCCAUUCAUGCAAAACGUGUCACAAUUAUGCCCAAGGACAUACAAUUGGCAAGAAGAAUUCGUGGCGAACGUGCUUAA